AUGUCCAUUGGCGUCACCGGCAUCGCAAGCCAGAUGUUAUCAUGCACGUACAUAGCACUUGUCAUGUAUGUUAGGAGCACCGAGGACGGUGUGGCUAGGCAGAGCCGACAGGUGAAACGGCUCAACCCGAAGGUUCGUGUAACCAAUCACUUUGGCGGAUCUAGCCUUGGUCGCACCGUCUACGUCUGCGACAACCGGAAUGUCAGACGUUUCCUGGUUGAUAUUGGCAUGCAAAUUAGUGUUAUCUCUCCAACAGCAACCGGCCGUCGGCAGCUGAAUCCCCGCCUCUUCUUUCAGGCCACUAACACCUCCCCGAUCGUCAUCUCUGGUACUUUCUCCCUCUCCCGGGACAUUGGGCUCCACGGUCUCUCACAUCUGGUCUUUGUCGUUGCAGAAGUUCCAUGUGUCAUUCUUGAUUCAGACUUUUUUGCCGCUUUCUAUUGCCGUCAUUUCUAUCUAAACGACCAGAGCACCAGCCUCACCGUCCAGGGUAUCCCUUCGUCUGUGGCUUCCGGUAAACUUGCCGUCUUUGACCCUGACUCAGAUAACCAAUUUCGGCAGCUCCUCACGAAACACUCAGACUCACCCGUCCUAAUUUCUGCGUUUCUACCUCAUCGAACGAUGUUGUUCAUCAUAUCCGAACCGCUAGCCCUCCUACGUUUUCUCGGCCCUGCCAUCUCGCGCCUACAUGUCUGGCUGCUGCCAAGGUCGAUUUCGAGCACAUGCCCCAAAUGGACAUCAGUAAUCAAACCGAAAACCUAUGGACCUCACCCCUCCACAUAG